ACUUGACAUCUCGUACUGUUGCAGACCUUUGCAGUUUUGGCCUAUAUAGCUUUGCAGCUCGGCUUUGCACGCGCAAGAAAGCGUAGUUUAGUGACACAGGAUGGCGCUUCUUGACUCUGUAGAGCCGCUCCUUGAGUACUGGCAGACGAUUUUGAUUGCCUCGGUCAUUUUACUUGCUGUUUACUUUCGCGGGAUCGCUCCGUACCAGACGCUGCGAGCUGUUUAUCACAAGGGGCCUACACCUCUUCCAUUUAUCGGACAUCUAGUGGAUGUCAUGAAGCACAAGGGCCAAAUUCAUCUGCAAAUGGAUGAAUAUUACAGAAAAUACGGCCAGGUUUAUUCCAUGUUGAUCUUUGGCAGUAUACCUUGCAUAGUCAUCGGUGAUCCGGAGAUGAUAAAGGAUAUACUGGUUAAAGAAUCAGCUUCUUUCUACGAUCGUCCUCAAUUUGUGAAACAACCUGAACCUCUGAACAGCAUGUUGACUGAAGCCAAGCAGGAGAAUUGGAAACGUAUUCGUAACACCCUGACACCAGCUUUCAGCGCUCUGAAAAUGAAACAGAUGGUGCCUUUGAUGAAUGCAUGCAGCGACAAUUUGAUCAAGAAACUUGCAGAAGUAGCUGACAAGGAAGAAAGUGUUAACAUCAAAACAUUUCAACAAAGUCUUACCAUGGAUGUCAUUGUUUCUGCGGCAUUUGGCUUUGAAGUGGACUCACAAAAUAAUCCUGAUGAUCCAGUCCUCAAAGCAGCUCAGCUUGCCAUGAACCAGACUACCUUUCAGAAAAUUUUAUUUGGGGUUCUUACUUUGAUGCCUUUGGGAUUGAAAAUUAUAGAAAAAGUGCCACAACUGUAUAUGAAUAAUCUAAAACCACUCCUCGACAUUGCAGAGGAAAUAGUUCGCACAAAGAGAGAAAACACUGGGAACUCAAUUAAAAAGGACAUGUUGGAUCUUAUGCUGGCUGCUUCAGACGACCCUUCAGUUCCAGAGUCUAAGAAGCUCUCUGACACAGAAGUUUUAGCACAAAGCUUUGUCUUCCUUGCUGCAGGAUAUGAAACCUCCAGUACCACGUUGAGUUUUGUUUGUCACCAUUUGGCAACAAGUCCUGAGAUUCAGGACAAGCUACAGCAAGAGAUUGACAAUGCUUGGCCAGAUGAAAACCAAAUGCUGUCGUACGAGACAGUCCAUGAGCUACCAUACCUCGACAUGGUGAUAUCAGAGGCGCUGAGGAUGUACCCUCCAGGGUUUAUUCUGGCUCGUUCAUGUACAAAAGAAUGCAUCAUCAAAGGAGUGAAAAUACAAGAGGGUAUAAUGGCUGUAAUACCAGCAUACAGCAUUCACCAUGACCCGUCCAUUUAUCCUGACCCGGAAAAAUUCGACCCAGAGCGUUUUUCAGCUGCAGCUAAACAGUCUCGCGAUCCCUACACUUACAUGCCGUUUGGUCACGGACCCCACAACUGCAUUGGUAUGCGGUUUGUUCAGGUGGAAAUGAAGCUGUUGUUGGCACGAAUGUUGAAGAAAUAUCGUUUGGAAGCUGCUCCAGAUACAAAGAUCCCGCCUGAAGUUCUCAUUAAAAGUACCUUGACAUGUGGAGAUGUUAAAGUUCUAGUAAAAUCACGAGCCAAGUGAAUGCAUGCCAAACCUUUCCUUUUUCCACAUACAAGAGCGUAGAGGUUUUCAUUUGAGUGUCUCAAAACCAAAACUAAAGUUAUCACUCUGGCCAAUCACCAAACAUAUAGACAAUCCAAUGAACCAAUUAAAACAUAAAGUAAAUGCAUAUACCUGAUGCAAAGCAUGGGGGAAUGCAUGUGAGUGCGUAACAGUUGGUUUUGGUAUCCCUUCUGAUUGGAUGAAAAAGUGGUGCUGGUCUUUUUAAACAAUCAUGUAGCAUAGCAAUACAAAACCAAUUAUAUUAUUAUGUUUCAACAUUCAAAUUUAAAGUGCUCUCAUUUCAGGCCCUUGAUCUAUGGUAAAAGUCAUGUUUAAGAUGUUAGUGUGUAUGUUUUAGGGGAAUAAGGCUUAAUAACAGUAUUUGUAUGAUAUGCAGUUGCUUACAAUGCUAAACACUGUACCAUUGCCUCUUGCAAAAGUUUGAUUAAAUUUUAAGAUCUUUUUGACAACCUUUUGCUGGCUUCUAUUUGAACCAGCCUAUCAAAUCGUGGGGACUGUACAGAGUGGAGAUAUUAAAUAAUAGACAGUCAAAUUCACCAUUCAUUUGUGUGGGAAUUUCAAAAGUCUCAAUCUGUGAACAAUUGAAUCGGUGGCAAGUCGUCACAGUUUGAUCAACCAUUUUGAAUGGAAGCCAUUGAAUGUUAGAAGUUGUCGAAAAGUUGUCAAACUAAUCAAAAACGUUCUGAGGUGGCAAUGGUAAGCUGCAUAGCACUGUAAAGCAGCACUGUAUAUGGGAUUGGGCGAAAGCAGUUAAAAAGAAUAAUUUUUCAGACUGAUCAAUUUGUUAUCAUGGGCGUGACUAUAUCACAUUUUUUGAAUUCACAUAUACCUUUGAAAUUAUAUUUGGCUAGGAGCCAUAAUCAUAAAUACAUGUAAUUCAGAUCAAUUAUUGAUCUACUGGUUAUUUUUCCAUUAAAAUUUUGCUCAUUUUAAUGUGAAGUGAUUUUUUUUGUGUGAUUUGAUUGGAACAAAGGAAACAAUGAAUGGAUUACAUAAUAGCUGGAAAAAGAGAAAUUCCCAUCCUGCUACUGUUGGCUAUUUUGUAUCUUGGAAGUCACGGACACUAGUAGGACUAGUGUGACUGGUUUCUUAAUGCAACUGACUUUUUAUUAACCAUGUAAUUCUUCAUUAGGAAAUCAAUCUAGCCUGUACACAACAUCAGAAAUUAUUAGCUCUAAUAUAAUUAAAUUGGGUUUAUGAUUAUGCUAUAAAUAAAGGUACACUGUUUGGAAAA